AUGAAGCACACCAUAGCUAUAGCUCUGCUUCUGAUACUUAGCUUCCUUUUAACAUAUCUUCUCCUUGUUGCUGUUAAAUCACGACGAAGGAGAUCAGCACUGCUUCCGGGACCUCCGGGACCACCAGGAUGGCCUAUAAUCGGAAAUCUUCUCCAGAUCAUCGGAAAAGCUCCUCACCGUUCACUUGCUGAUCUCUCGAGAGUUUAUGGACCAGUAAUGAGUCUUAGGCUUGGAAGUUUAACCACGGUGGUUUCUUCACCAGAUGCAGCAAGAGAGCGAGACGGUUCGAGCCAUUGGCCACCACGAAGUCUCCAUAGCAUGGCUACCUUCGACGUCGUCUCAUUGGAGGUUAUGGAGGAAGGUAUUGGGGACAAAACUUUUCUCACGGGAGCGUCACAAAGCCACGAAGUCCGUACGGUCCAAGAAUGCAAAAGAACUUAUAAUUCAUUAUCGAAAGAGGCGAGCGAGGCUUCGCCGUCGACAUCUCGUGCUUGCUUCGUCACAUCGCUUAAUGUAAUCUCAAACGGUGUGUUUUCGACCGACUUAGGUAGUUACGCCUCGAGAGCCUCCCUUGAGUUUCAGGAAUCGCUGUCUCGUUUGAUGGACAUCAUGGGCAAACCGAACCUCGCAAACUAUUUUCCGUCUCUUGAGUUUCUUGAUCUGCAAGGUAUCCGCAAAGGGAUGAAGAUGUGUUCGGAAAAGUUGUUUCGGGUCUUUCAAGGGCUAAUCGAUGCUCGAAUCGCGGAAAGAUCAUUGCAGGCUAAACCUAGAGAUGCAUCGAGAAUCGAUCUGUUGGAUUCGCUGAUUGAUCUUAUUCACGAAGACGGGUCGGAAGUCGACGUAAACGAUAUCAAACACUUUCUUUGUUUAUUGCGGGAACGGGAACAAACUCUACCACCGUGGAAUGGGCAUUGGCUGAGCUGCUUCGUAACCCCGAGGCUAUGGCUAAUGCUAAAGUCGAGAUCAACUUUAUUGUUGGCCCAAACCGUUACGUUCGUGACUCCAAUCUCUUAGAAUUUCCCUAUCUACAAGCUGUUGUAACAGAGACUCUCCGUUUGCAUC